UGACCCAGCUACCGUCUCUUUCAAAAGAAAAAAAAGAAAAAAGACCCAGCUAGGAGUACCAUCUACUGUACCGCGGGGGGAAAGCUGCCUACCGCCUGAAUGUCCUCAGUCCUCGCACGUCCUUCUUAAUUUACGCCUGCAGAAAAGAUGCUAUCAAUAGGCGGCGUCAGGCUUGUACCAAACAGAAACUCCGCAGCAAUUCCUCGCCCUCAAACAACCCCCAUGGGCCUGCCAUCAUCGCCCUCCAUGAUCCAGCAAUGUCCAUGCCCUAUAAGAAUGAUAUGACGCCGGUUAGCCCGACGAAUCUAUCGAAGAAGAAGAAGAAGAAAAGCCCGCCGGCGGCGACGACGGAAGCGCCGUUCGAUCGCGUUCGGUAUUGCCAGGUCGGGAGCGCGCCGGCGACGAUGGCGUCCAACGAGGCAAUGUGGGGCUCGACGAGCUCGGGCGGCGCGCCGGCGUGCGCGUUCCCGACGGUGCCGCGGGUGGCGCGGUCGCACGCGUGGGACUGGGUCGCGCUGCUGCUCCUGGUCGCCGUCGACGCGCUGCUCAACGUCGUCGAGCCGUUCCACCGGUUCGUGGGCGCCGGCAUGAUGGCCGACCUCGGAUACCCCAUGAAGGCCAACACCGUCCCCGUCUGGGCCGUGCCGGUCAUUGCCGUCAUUGCGCCCGUGGUCAUCUUCAUCGUCUUCUACAUCAGGCGGAGGAACGUGUACGAUCUUCACCAUGCGAUUCUAGCAGGCAUCCUAUUUGCGGUGCUGAUAACCGGGGUCCUGACCGACGCGAUCAAGGACGCCGUCGGCCGCCCGCGCCCAAACUUCUUCUGGCGCUGCUUCCCCGAUGGAAAAGCGGUGUACGACAGCAUCACUACAGGGGUGAUAUGCCACGGCGACCCAAAAGUGAUCAAGGAAGGGCACAAGAGCUUCCCGAGCGGGCACACCUCAUGGUCAUUUGCCGGCCUGGGGUUCCUGUCGUGGUACCUCGCCGGGAAGAUCACCGUGUUCGACCGUCGGGGCCACGUCGCCAAGCUCUGCGUCGUCCUCCUGCCUCUGCUCGUCGCGGCGAUGGUUGCCAUCUCGCGGGUGGACGACUACUGGCACCACUGGCAAGACGUCUGCACCGGCGGCGUCCUCGGUUGGUGUUUCUCGAACCAUACCGCUGCGCUUACCAGCGGGCCCUUUGCUCUCUGCUCUGAGACUCCCUUGAUCGUUGCUCUGCUGGUGCUGAUGGGUCCGUACAUGUUCUUGCAGGAUUGGUGGUCGCUUCAGUGUGCUACCUCCAGUUCUUCCCAGCUCCGUCAGACGAGAAAGGGUUCUGGCCGCACGCGCACUUCAGGUUCAUCACCGAGCAGGAGGAGGAGAGCCGAGGGCAGCGGCCUGCAGAGGCGGGAGGGCGCACCAGCCACGAGCUGGACGCGAUGGAAGCCGGCCGGAGAGAUCAAUUGUUGUAGCAUGAUCGAGCAGGCGCUGCGCGCUAGUGCAGGAUCAACGGUGUACAGAGGCCCCCCCACGUACGUAGCUCGUGUGAUUAUUUGCAGGCCGUAACUGACGCAGACUACUGACGCGAUCCAUCCACGUAUUUAUAAUCUGUACUCUUUGGAGCUUGUAUAGAUUUCCGAUUUUUUAUGUACAGCAAUCGAAAUUUAAUAAAUGGCGCUUGUCCUACAAA